UUCCAGAGCUAACGAAUACCAGAAAAUGAUCAGCAAACGGUUCUUUGUUUUGUCAGCUGUUCUUCUACUGUGUGGCCAGGAUGCAGUAGGAAUCCCACUUCUAUCGAGAAUACGUCGAUAUCUUGGGCUUGAGUCUGAUGUGGACGUCCCGAGUGUAUUUCUGACCGUAUCAUCUUUGGCAUCGAAGAGCUUUAUGGGAAAGAUCACCUAUCGUCAACUGGAACUCAACUGGCACAGUGUACCCUCAGACGUUGUGUCUGACCAGUCUACAUGGGUGGGAUUGUUCGACCAUGAUCCAGAAAAAAACAUUGGUGAUGCACUAGAGAAAGUGUACACAAGCGAGUCUGAAGAGGACCAUUACGAGACGAAAGUUAGUUAUCAUCGACCAGAAUUCUUACCAGGGAAUUUAACAGAUGCUUGCCAGGGAUACUGGAUUGGUCUCGUUUACCAAGAUCGGCUUCUCGCCAGUAACUGCAUUCGCGGCAGGCCUAACUGGAUGUACGAGAUGCGUGACGUCAUCGGAGACCAAACUCUACUAAAUGUAAUGCUUCCUGGUACUCACAACUCUGGAAGUCACCAAGAGUACGACUCGGUCAAAGAUCAUAUCAUCUCUCGCUACCAAAUCUGCCAGGACGAAGACGUAUGGAACCAACUAGUCUAUGGCAUUAGAUUCCUUGACUUGCGUAUCGGUUGGUCUAAAAUGUUUAACAGCAGUGAGCAAUACUGGAUUUACCACGACUCUUUCCGCAGCCAACCUUCUCUGCGAGAAGUUCUUAAACAGAUUCGACAGUUCUUGGAUGCCACAAACGAAAUACUGAUCGUUGAUUUUCACCGAUUCACUUCUGGAUUCGGAGGAAGACUUGCAGAUGAGCGUCACCAGGAUGUGAUGACAAUGAUAAUUGAGGAGAUAGGAGAGUACAUGUUGCCUCUAUCUUCAGGCCUAAGCACCACGCUAAACGAUAUGUGGAAGACUAAUAAACGUGUUCUAGUAGGGUACGGUGCACCACAACGAGUUGAAAGCAACCUUUUGUUCCAGUCAGUAUCCCAUCUAUGGGCGAAUAAAGAUACAUUGGAAGGUCUAGAAAAUUACCUAAACAACGGAGUAUGCAAGUAUAAAUACAACUUUCUUUGGGCAGCCAUGGCAUCACUCACACCUCAGACUUUGGGUGUAAUUUUAGACAAGUACGGAGGCCUCCGCCAGAUGGCACAGGAUGUCAAUGGCCCUGUUACUAGAUGGUUCCGGGAGCGGUGGUGGCAUUGUGCUAACGUUGUAGCUACAGACUUUUUCUUGGGAAAUAAUUUAAUCGAAGUCUCUAUUGACGCCAAUAGAAAACGAUAUGCAUAGUUGUUUAAAUCAUUAUUAAAUAAUUACAGUUUUAAUUAUCAAUUUAUAAACAGAAACUAACAGGCAAACGCACUCAUUGUACAAAGAAACAGUAAGAAUAAAACAACGUACGACCAGAAAUAUUCACUGACAAAGAAUGACUAGGUGGAAAGGACGCUCAGCUCGCAGUCUGAGGGUCACAGGCUCGAAUCCCCGUUCAACUAAACAUGCUCGCCUUUUCAGCCGUGGGGACGUUAUAAUGUGACGGUCAAUCCCACUAUUCGUUAGUAAAAGAGUAGCCCAAGAGA